AAGCCCCAAUUCCAACUUUCUGGAAUUCGCUUCGGGUCACUUGUGGUGGGCUCUCUAGCGACCCUGUGUCCGGAGCAGCCUCGGCUCCCGGCGGGCCUUGAUACGAUGAUAUUACUUAAUUUCAAGUCACUUAUGAGACGUUAAUUCUUCUAAAGAUGAAAAACCUUGUGCAGUCAUUCCUGGGAGCCUGAUGCUAUUGCUGAUGGAAGAAGCCAAGGUUGCCAACAGUAUAUUUGCCGGUCCUGAGUGUCAACCCCACUUGUGUGGUUCUUAACCAUGGAAGGUGCUUCGGCGGUACAGGAUGGUCUCUCUGAGGAAGGAUCAAGCAGUGUCUCCUCAACUUGCCUUGAGAGCUCCACAGAGCCUCCAGGCUCACAGAUGCUGCCUGCCUCAAGAGAGGGAGCUCAAUGUGCUGAUGAUGAGGUGAACAGAGCUUCCGCUGAAGGAGAAAGUAGGGAUAUACCUGACAAGGGGAACACCUGGCAGAAUGGGCCAACAUCACCGUUCCCAGACUCUCCAUCUCCUAGUCCCACCACAAGCCCAGUGGGUCCUGAUGCCUCUUCAGGUGUGGCUGGUUUCCAUGACAACCUAAGGAAGUCUCAGGGACCUAGUGCUGAGGGCAGUGUUAGAAAAGAAGCUUUGCAGUCUCUCAGACUCAGUCUUCCUAUGCAAGAAACGCAACUGUGUUCAACAGAGGCUUCCCUGCCACUAGAGAAGGAGGAACAGGUUCGCCUUCAGGCUCGGAAACGACUAGAAGAACAGCUCAGGCAGUAUCGGGUGAAACGCCAUCAGGAACGAUCUAAUCAACCUGCAACUAAAUCAAGACUUUUUAGCACACUUGAUCCUGAACUUAUGUUGAACCCAGAAACCUUGCCAAGAGCCAGUGCUGUGGCUAUGACAAAAGAAUACUCUUUCCUGCGCACUAAUGUCCCUCGGGGCCCAAAGGUGGGUAGCUUAGGGCUCCUGGCACACUCUAAAGAGAAGAAAAGUUCCAAGUUAAGCAAAAUUCGGUCUCUGGCUGAUUAUAAAACUGAAGACUCAGACAUUGGGAAUUCUGUUGUCCCAGCUGUGGACUCCGCAAGGGUUUCCCUGAAGCAGCACCGGAGUGGGGCCGCAUCAGUUGUAUCUGAGAUCAGCCUGUGUCCGGAGACAGAGGAGCGCCUGGAGGGCUUGUCAGUCUUGGGAGACACUGCAUCUGAGGCGGAUGGGAAUGAGAGUGACAGCUCCUCCUACAGCAGUGUUUCUGCCCAAGGCACACAUGGCCUUCCGACAAACCCUGUGGAUGUGAGAGAAGCCUCCUAUGUGAUCAAUGGCCAGGAGAUAGCUGCUGGUGCACUGGGUCAGUUCCCCUCCAUCACAGAUGUUCUUCAAGCUGCAGCAGCCGAAUACCGGCACCAACAGCAAGAGGUCAAUGGGGAGACCCGGAGCCGGACAGACAGCAUUUGCAGCAGUGUGUCCUUGGAAAGCUCUGUUGCUGAGACACAGGAUGAAAUGUUGCAGAUUCGCAAAGAAAAGAUGAGACUGGAAGGACAGCUAGAAGCUCUGUCAUUAGAGGCCAGCCAGGCCCUGAAAGAAAAGACGGAGUUGCAGGCACAACUGGCUGCCCUGAACAUGAAGCUACAGGCACAGGUAGAGCAUAGCCACAGCAGCCAGCAGAAACAGGACUCUCUCAGUUCUGAGGUGGACACCUUGAAAAAGUCCUGCUGGGACCUGGAGCGAGCAAUGACAGAUCUGCAGAACCUGCUAGAAGCCAAGAACGCCAGCCUGGCCUCUUCCAACAGUGACCUUCAGGUGGCAGAGGAACAGUACCAAAGACUCAUGGCCAAAGUUGAAGAAAUGCAGAGCAGCAUUCGCAAGAAGGACAAUACAGUAUAUGACCUGCGACAGCAGAUGGCUUCCUUGCAGAACCAGCUGCAGCAUGUACAGCUGGAGCGAAGCACCCUGAGCAGCAAACUAAAGGCGUCCCAGGCGGAGAUCUCGUCGUUGCAGAGUGUCCGGCAGUGGUACCAACAGCAGCUCACCCUGGCUCAAGAGGCCCGUGUGAGGUUGCAGGGGGAAAUGGCUCACAUCCAGGUUGGACAGAUGACUCAAGCAGGCCUCUUGGAGCACCUGAAACUUGAGAACGUGACCCUGUCCCAUCAGCUUACAGAGACCCAGCAAAAGUCCAUAAAGGAAAAGGAACGCAUUGCUGUCCAGCUCCAAGGCAUUGAGGCUGACAUGUUGGACCAGGAAGCUGCCUUUGUGCAGAUUCAAGAGGCAAAGACCAUGGUGGAGAAGGACUUGCAGAAGAGGUUGGAGGAGUUCGAGGAUGAGAAGGAGCAACUGCAGAAGCUCGCCACCUCAGCAGCAGCCCUGGAGCAGCAAUUAGAGCAGGUGAAAUUGACUUUGCAUCAGCGAGACCAACAACUUGAGGCUUUGCAGCAAGAGCACUUGAACUUGCUGCAUCAGUUCACCUUGACACAGGAGACUCUGCAAACGCGGGAGCAGUCCUUGGGUGACCUGCAGACACACUAUGAUGAGCUGCAGGUCAGGCUGGAGGAGCUGCAGGGGGAGGCCACUUCCAGGGAUGACACCAUCCGCUUCUUGCAAAAUGAGAAGAUUGUCUUGGAGGUGGCUCUGCAGGCAGCCAAGAGUAGCAGGGAGGAGUUUGAUAGUGGAGUAAAACAUUUGGAAGAAGGUACCAAGGAAACAUCGGAAAUUUUAGAGCAGUUGAGACAAGAAUUAGCCAUCAAAUCAAACCAGGUGGAUCACCUGCAGGAAGAAAGUUCCACUUUGAAAAAACAGAUGCAGAAAAUAAAGGAACAAUUUCUUCAACAGAAGGUGAUGGUGGAGGCUUACCGGCGGGACACUACCUCCAAAGAAAAGCUCAUCAGCGAACUGAAAACCACAAAGAAGAAACUAGACUCGGAGGUGAAAGAGCUGAGGCAGGAGUUGAUGAGAGUUCAGGGGGAAAAGAAAUCUGUGGAGGUGGAGCAGUCACGUCUGCAGAAGGAAGUGUCACAGGUCCGUCAACAGAUGGAGGACCUCGAAGGGCAUCUCCAGUCAGCACAGAAGGAGCGUGAUGCCUUGGAGGUGCACUUACAGUCUUUGCAGUUCGAUAAAGAGCAGAUGCUUGCUCUCUCAGAGGCUAAUGAGGUGCUCAAGAAACAAAUAGAGGAGCUACAGCAAGAAGCCAAGAAGGCUAUCUCUGAACAGAAGCAGAAGAUGAAAGUGCUGGGCUUGGACCUCAGCAGUGCUCAGAAGGAGAUGAAAACUAAGCACAAGGCCUAUGAGAAUGCAGUGGGCAUCCUCAGUCGUCGCCUGCAGGAGGCCCUGACAGCCAAGGAGUCAGCAGAGGCAGAGCUGAGCCAACUGAGGGCCCAGGGUGUCAGCAAUGGUAACAGCGUCACUUUGCAUGAGAGGAUUCAGGCCCUGGAGGUAGAGCUGCAGACCCUUGGCCACAGCAAGAUGAUGUUGGAGAAGGAGCUGCAGGAGGUCAUUUCGAUGACCACCCAGGAGCUUGAGGAGCAACGGGAGAAGGUGCUAGAGUUGGAAGAUGAGCUUCAGGAGUCCAGAGGUUUUAGAAGGAAGAUAAAGCGCCUGGAGGAGUCAAACAAGAAACUGGCUCUUGAGUUAGAGCACGAGAAAGGGAAGGUCGCAGGGCUCAGCCAGUCCAGUUCAGCUCUGCGGGAACACAACAGCAUCUUAGAAUCUGCCCUGGCCCAACGGGAGGCAGACCUGGUCCAGUUGAAUCUUCAGGUUCAGGCAGUUCUGCAACGCAAGGAGGAGGAGGAUCGCCAUAUGAAGCAGAUCAUCCAGACCUUAGAAGCAGCCUUGGAGAAAGAGAAGAUGACUGUAAGCAACCUCAAGGAGCAGGUCGCUGCUGCCAAGUUGGAUGCGGGACAUAAUCGCCGCCACUUUAAGGCCGCUGCCUUGGAGCUGAGUGAGGUGAAGAAGGAGCUUCAGGCCAAGGAGCACCUGGUACAGAAGCUGCAGGAGGAGGCAGAGGGUCUCCGGUCUCAGGAAGAGAGUCAUUCUCAAGAAGUUGCACAGUUCCAGGCAGAGCUUGCAGAGGCCCGCACUCAGCUCCAGCUCCUGCAGAAACAGCUAGAUGAGCAGCUGAGCAAGACACCCUUGGGGAACCAAGAGAUGGAAAAUCUCAAAUGGGAAGUGGAUCAGAAAGAGAGAGAGAUUCAGUCCUUGAAGCAGCAGCUGGACUCGACUGAGCAGCAGAACCAAAAGGAACUGGAUGGACUCCAACAAUUACUGCAGAAUAUUAAAUCUGAGUUGGAAGUGGUACGGGAAGAUCUGUCCAUAACGCAGAAGGAUAAAUUUAUGCUUCAAGCAAAAGUGUCAGAGCUCAAGAACAGCAUGAAGACUCUGCUUCAGCAGAACCAGCAGCUGCAUGGGGACUUGCGACGCAACAUGGCCAAGACGAGGAAGGACUUGAAAGGCGAGGCCAGCUCUUCCAGCCCUGUGACUCCAGUGAAGAUUCCUGACUGCCCAGUGCCAGCCUCACUGCUGGAGGAGUUACUCAGGCCCCCACCUGCCGUGAGCAAGGAACCCCUCAAGAAUCUCAACAAUUGUCUCCAGCAACUGAAGCAGGAAAUGGACAGCCUGCAGCGCCAGAUGGAGGCCCACACCGUCACCGUGCAUGAAUCACUGUCCUCGUGGACUCAGGGGGGCCCUGCCACCAGUCCCACUCCCCCGGGAGACCAUGCCAACCCCAGGGGAGAUACAGAGAAACACAGCCAGAACAGAGCCUCCAGAGAAGGACUGGCAACUGUGGCUGCUGAGCACCCCCACCUAAGCAUCGUUGACACCUAGAGGAAUGUUCUUGCGUCCAUCAUUUUUACUGAACUGUGCACUCUGUCUUUCUAAGAGAUAAAAUAAUGUUCUGCAUUUGCCUUUAUAAGGAGUGAAAGAACAAGAGAGCCAGAGGUUAGAGAAAUAGUCACUUGCAAAUCACAGCUAAUUUUUCCCAUGAAAUGACCAAAUCUUUAAGACCUAUUUUAGACAUGAUUUAAAAAAAAAAUGCUAAGUGUCUGAGGGUUGUUUGCCUAGGAGUUAUCUUGAGUGGCAGUGGACCCUGCUCUCUGUGGGGGAACCCUUGUGGAUUCAGGUUGCCAUGUUCCUGUUCUAUUCUGUAAGAGCUUUCCUUCACCCUGGAAAGAAACUUUCGUUACACAUUUGGUUAUUGUUUUUGCAUUUUCCUGUAGUCAUCCCACCGGAGGAUGCAUGUAGAAGUAUAGAGAAUUGCCGUCCAAUCACUAAAAAGCAAAUGUUUUUGUUAUUUAAGAAUUACCCGAAUUGUCUUUCUACUGAUAGCCUUUUGAAAAUCUGCUUUCAGGAAAUACUGUUCAUUGUUCAGAGAUUUUAGUCAGAAAAUUGUAUUUUAAGCAAUAUAAUUAUCUUUACUUUCUAAAGCCAAAUCUUGGACAGGAAGGUUGUUUGGUUUCACUUUAUUUUUGAGGGUUCUUUUCCUUGCUAGGUGACUGUGCCCACUAGUUCCCUAGGCUCUGCAUGGCCUCACAGCCCUUGGAUUACCCACAGGCAGCUCUGCCAGCCACCAGGACAACCACAGAGCGGGGCAGUGUGGGAAAGGCUAUGGGAGAGGAGUCUGCAAAGAGGUCCAUGCCCUACUCAGGCCCAUUUGGUCAUCAGGGAGCAUUCUUAGCUGUGCUGGUGACAUGGCCUUCAGAAGGGUUAAAAGGCUUUAGCCUCACACCUGGCUAGGUGUCUUCUGAGUGCCUUGUGUGACAUUAGACACCUUAUGUACACAUUGAUCAGUGUACUUUUUCUACCUAAAACACUUAAAUGCUACAGAAACUGGCUGUAUGGAUUCUUCCCCUGUUUUGCUGAGUAAGAAAGUCUACAAAUCUAUUUAUUGUUUAAGUGUGAGGAGAGAGAAUGAGUCUGUGUGGGUUUCUGUGUGGCGCAACUGUAUUGGUCUGAAGAUGAAGUUUGAAGUGUCACUGAUUGGGCUAGAUACAUGUGUCCAUACAGUACUUAUCUCUUGUGGAGAAGACAGUAUGGUAUUUGUAAAUUAUGGUCUCUUACUGCUGGUAGGUUGUUUCAUAAGGUUAAGGUAUAUUGACCACAAAAAUAUCUAAUGUUUAAAAACUUUCCUAGCAAAUAUUGGAACAGCUAAAAAAAUAUAUAUAUAUACAUAUAUAUAUAUCAUUUGUACAGGGUUCAUCUUGGACUGAUACUUGAAAGCCUAGUUUUAAAUAUAUCCUAUGUUUCAUCUCUAGAAAUCAUUUUUGGAAAAAAUUGUACCAUUGGAAAAGAAAAAUGGUAACUUAAUCUUUUAUUUAUUUUGGUUGCAUUAGUCUUUGAUUUUAAAACCAAGAAAUAUCUCUUAGCCUCAUUCUGUACCUGCUUCUUUAACCCUCACUUGUAACAUCUUCAGUGAGUGCUGUUCAGUGUUUUGUUUUUUUCUCAUAGGAAAAGAUAAAGUAAUUCAGAAUAUAUUCAUCAAGGGAAAGCAAGCCUCUGUUCCUCACCAGUUUCUUCCUUUGCUUAGUAUUCGAUGGGUGCAUUUGUGCAUAUGUGUAUGAGAUCUGUGCGUACGCUAUGUGCAUAUGUUCUGAGUGUAUGGGUGCUGUGUGUGUACAUGUGCAUGCAUGUACCUGUGUGCCUUGUGCAUGAAUGCGUGUAUCACGAGGGUAAGUACACACAUGCAUGUGCGCCGCAUAUGUGUGUGCAUACAUGCCUCUUCGUUUCCUGUUCUGAGUUCAUGCUCCCCUGCACCUCCCCGCCCCUCCCAUUCCAGCCUCAUUAUGGGUCUCCAUCUCUUACAUGAGCACCUGGUCUGCAUCUGGUGGUCACAUUGCUCUGGUACUGUGUGUUCUUUGUGCUUUCAUGCAUGGCUCAUGGUUUCUGUUUACAGGCUUCUCAUGCCACCUUUCAGCUUCCUUAACAAGGACUGAAUUUGUUUUGAUUCCCCCCAAUCUCCCAUUUCCAAGGGAUUUUAUUGGCACUGGUAUGUCCUAGAGCUAGAUUCUUCAUUGCAAAGCAUUUAGGAUAUACUAUUUUUGUUGGCAAAAUUGGGAAUUAGGAAUUUACCAAGUAGAAUAACAGAUAAGUCUGGAAAUUUAUAAAAAUGGAUUUGCCAUUGCUUUGCUUUUGUGGCAGUUUGUCUCAUCAGUGUUGAAUGUCAUGUCCUCCUUGCAAAGAAAGUUGACUUGGGCACUUUGUAAAGUCAUUACUUGUUUAUCUUGAGUUUUCAUCCCCUCAAAAUGUAUUGCGUUGUGGUUACUGAUUUUUUCACAGUACACAGCAGAUGCCACAGUUCUUGUACAUUUAUACAGCUUCAUUCUUCUAUUGCAAAGACAUCUUAGGCACCAUUUUUUAUAAGAGAUAGCACUGUCUCUUGUUCUGGCCUGGCAUCAGUGACAGGCUGACCCUCUGGGAAGACACAUUGGCAUAUUCCAAUUAGGAAAUAGUGUAGUGACUUUUUUUGGAAUAGAGAUAUGGAAACGGCCAUGGGCCUGCAAAAUUACCAUUACAUUCCUACUUCCACAAAUAUAUAUUUUU